GGCCAGAGAGGGAGCCAAUUUGGAGAGCUCGAUGGCUUGACGAGUUGGAUGGUUAGUCAGUUGAAGAGUUAUUUUGCUGUUAAGUACUCAAAUUUUGGCUUAACGGGUAAUUCGGCUAGUCUUUUACUCAGUUCAAUAUUAUUACUAAGAAAAAAAUGCAUGUAUUAAUGUGUGUAUAUACAUACUAGUGGUCUUUCUGAGAUUAUAACAAUGACAAGCGUUUUUAAAGAUAGGUGACGAAAAGAGACAAUAUCGGAAUAGUCCAUCCGCUUCAACCAAAUAUAUGUGUUAGUUGUCCAAUGUACAUAAGGCCUCGUUUGUUUCCUUUUUAUUUUAGGGAAUUGGAAUUUAACUAAUAGAGUUGGAUACUUUUUUAAAAUAUAACAUUUCACAACUUUCAAAAGUUUAUAUUUAAGACUAUCUUAAAUUUAUGGGGUGAGAGAUGGAAAUUGAUUCUAUAGAUUUACAUGAUAUUUUUCUAAUGUACAACUUAUAGCAUACUCUUCUACUUGCUUCUUUAUAGCAUAAAUGUAGUGUAUACCUAUUUCUCUCAUAUGAUUUAGGAUGAUAUACAAAUAUACAUAUACUUCAAUUCCAACGAAACAAAACAAACGGGGCCUAACUGGAAAUUUACUCAAAAAAGCUAUAGUAGCCCACGAAUGUAAUUUGAUUAAUGGCUGCAACCUAUAUGCUUAUCUUGUCGAUUGUCUAAAGUUGAUGAACUCGUCUAUACUUAAAUCAAAAAGAUUCAGCGCAUGCAGACUAUAACAAGAAAAAUAUGGGUGCGUAGUUUCAUUUUUGUAUGCUAUAACUAUAUUUAGUUAUGAUAAGUUUUGGAAGCAACGCCUAUGAGUUUCACUCUCUUUCCUUCAAAACUCCUAUUUCACUCAAGUUGCUCUGCUUAUGUGCAGCUUACUAAAGAAGAACAAACUCAGGGUAGAUAGAAUAAUCCAAUCACCUUCAUUUAGAAUAAACUAUGAAAUGAUGCCCAUGAUAGUAAUAAUAAUUUUCUUGACACGAGGAAAAAGUUUGUGUUUCAUACAUAGAAAUCAGAACCUACGCUAUUGUGUUCAUUGAAUGCCUAAGUAAUUAAUAAUUAGUUAUAGUGCAAAGCUAGUUGGAGUCAAAUCAACCAAUGAUGAGUUAGAAUUACUCAUGAAUGUUACCGUGGGCAUGAAGCCAUAAACUAACGGUUACGCAUCAAUGUUACAGAGGACACGAGGCCAUAAACUAAUGAACCACAUAUCAAUAUCAUAACUAUGCUAAAGAUCGAUUGAUACCUAUCUAGUGGUAACAUAAUAGGUUUAGAAAGCAAUGCCUAUGGGUUUCAGAAAACUCCCAUGUCAUUGAAGUUGCUCUGCUUUUGUGCAACUUUACUAAAUCAGGGCAAACUAAAAGGAUAAUGAAUAGUUAGUUAUAGAGUGGUUGUCAAAUCAACCAUUAGGGAGUUAGAAUUACUCAACAAUGUUACAAAGGCCAUGAAUACACAGACUAACAAUUACACAUCAAUCUUACAAAGGGCGUGAAGCCAUAAACUAACGAACCAUGUAUCGAUAUCAUUGCUAUGUUAAAGUGUUCAUCAGUUGAUACCUACUAGGCUGUCUCCAACAGGUAUCCUAUCCCAUCCCCUAUUUCAAACUCUACUCUACAAAUAUUGUUAUGUACAAUACAAAUCCCCUGUUUUACAUGAUCUGAUGUGAACAACCUUACCCUCGUUGAGUGCGUUGUGCCAGGGUCACUGGGACGCGAACAUCACCCCCACUAGAUCAGCCUUGCUUGUGUUGAUGUACAUGUGUAGCCCACGAUCACCCCUAUAUGACAAUGUUUUGGCUUCGUGGUAUCAUGUAUAGCUUUAAUUUAUAUGUAGUCGGUCAAGGCUUGUGACUCCAUCUGACCAUCUCCAUAGAGGCAUCAAAUAGGCAUAUAUUAUUAUGGCAAGUUGCAACAACAAAAUCUAGAUGAGUCGGUGGGAUUCUGAAAUUUUGGUGGGUCUUAUCAUUGUGUGGAGUUGACACAGUUGCACUAGGCCAUAUAAAGUCAUAAAACACCGCCUAUGAAUACACAAAGAAACAUAUACUCCAUAUGUCCCAAAUUAAAAUCUGUUUUAGGUAAUUAAUGGAUUCAUACAAUACUUGAUGUAUGUGUUAUAUAUAUGUAUAGAUUCAUCAUCACCCAUUUAAAUAUAUACAAAAAACUAAGAGCUAAAACAAACACUAUUUUAGGACAUAGGGGGUAUAUUAUAGAUAAAAGGGAUGAAAAUAGCAAUACCAUAUCAUAAAUAAAGGUGUAACAUGACAUUCUCUAUCUCCUUGAAAUUAUUUUGCCUCCUUGCUAUUAUACCAUCUAUGUCUAUAAUUUGUGGUGUCUUGAUUUAUGAAGCCUAUAAAUUAAUAAUAAUGAUAAAAACUGCAAAUAGAUCCUCCUCUUAGCACAUUGUAUAUUUUGCAAAUGUCAUGCUAUAACAUGACAUUUGCCACCUUUGGCACAAAGAGCCACGAUGCCACACCUCUUUGCCUAAGAAGGCUUAAUGAUAACUUUAAAAGAAGAUGUAAACUUACUCCAAGAAUAAAUAUUAGAAAAGAAAAUGAUUUUUCUUGCUUAACACUCUAUUAUUCUUCUCCUAAAAAUUUCGCAACCCAAAUUGAUGUCCUCUCCUCCCGCAAAGAUGGCUGCCUGGAGAACAAUUUUUUAUAAAAAAAUUGAGCCCAGUUUUCGGUUUCUCAGUUUUUAAAGAAUUUGUUCGAGUAUACACAAUAAUUCAUCUUUAAAAGUUUUUAGCCUGUCUUCAAUAAUUAUUUUUUGGUAGCAACGUUUUAGCAUCUUUUGGAUUUGCUCUAAAGCAGUGUACGCGUAGCGAAAACAGCGCAGGAUCCCUUGCCGUCCUAAGGUCCCCCGCACACGCAGAAGGCAGAGCGCCGCCUCGUGACUCCGCCUCGUUUCCAUCCCCGCCGCACAUCGCCUACCGGCACGAACCCCAAAGCAUGCAGCGGCGGUCGCACACAGCCCAGCAGGUCGGUCCGAGGGUUUUAGAAGCCACCACCGAUCGGUACGGCCGCACGCACCCAUUCAACCGCCCGUCGCCCAUCGUCUUCUCCACCGAGUCGCCAAAAGAAAAAGGGUAAAAGCGUGCGUGGCGGAGAGGUGGAGGAGGAGCAGCGAAGCAAAAGCUCACCGAGUGAAGAAGUGUUGUCCGAAGGUGUGGAUAAGGCCGACGCGGUUGGAGGCUCCGGCGUCGCAGAAAGCGGGACGCUUGUCGCCGGCGUAGCUCCAGGCGGCGGAGGAGGACUGCUGGUGGACUUGCUCGGCUGCCUAGGGUUUCGGGCUGCCAGCCUGCCGUCUCGGAGGCCGCAAGCCUAAUGCCUGCAGACAUUUUGAGGCUUUAUAAGCGACAGACCGGUCCCACUCGCUCUAUCGUCAUCUCCACCAAGUCGAAAAAAAGGAAAGGGGCAAAUCAGCGGCGGCGGAGCAAAGGAAAGCUUUUGGCAGAUAGAUGGUGGAUAAGGUGAAGGUGGUUGGUGCCCCUGGAAAAAGGAAGAAUGCCUUUUGCGGGGAUAGCUUCGGAAGGAUGACUGCAGGUGGUGGCGCUGGUGCUUGGUUGCCUAGGGUUUCAGGCCAGCCGGCUGACUUGGAGGCGGCAAGUGUAAUGGCUACUGAGAGUGCUGUCAGAUUAAUUGGUGGAACGGGAGCUAGGGACUGGAGUAAGGGAUUUGGUGCAUUCGACUCUUCAGUGGGUGCCCUUUCAGGGGAAGACUUGGGAUUUGUAGAUAAUGAUGCUGGGGUUUAUGGGGGCUGGAGCAAAUCUGUUCCAAAUCGCAGUGGAAGCGCGCCACCUAGCAUGGAAGGAUCUCUUGCUGCUCUUGGCCAUCUCAUUGGCCAGCAGAGUGGGAGCUUUGAAGCUAGUUUGGCAACCUUGGAUAACAUAACUGACAGUUCCAAGUCUGAGGAGCAAGUACUUGCUGAUCCAGCAUAUUUUGAGUAUUAUGGCUCCAAGGUGAAUCUGAAUCCAAGGCUCCCUCCCCCACUUAUUUCAAGGGAGAGCCGCCGAUUAAUGAACCGUGUUGGCAAGGCCAAAGAGUGGAGGGUGGUCUCUCAAGAUAACAGCAACAAAGACUCUAUAUACAUUCCUCGAUCCACAUUGUCAACUCACAAAGAAGAACCUGAGGAUGAUAAAUCUCCAAGAUUGGAUUUAAGUUCAGUGGAGGAUGCCCAGAUUAUCUCCAGUGCAUCCAACUUUCAGAGCCAGGAUUUUAUGCUGGAGAGCUUUCGACAGAGUGCUGCUUCUUUGCCUAACAGUUCAUCUUCUAACCCUUCAAAUAUCAAUACUGGUGAUUCUAUGCCUGUAUAUUCUGACAUAAAUUUGUCAGUUGAUGCUGUCAAGCAAUCAGACUUGAACUCCUGGACACCAAAAAGGCCACUGAAAAGUACUGUUAGCAAUGAUGUUUCAUCGCUGCCCCUUUCCAGUUCAUCAUCAUAUUCUGGUAGAAAACCUGGUAUGCAAACUUCUCAGCAAGAAAAGGCGGCUGUAGACACCAAACAUGGAAAUGUUGUGCUUGGCAGUGGUGCAGCUGUUUCUGAACUUGAUAAUGUGGACUCCAGUAUGAACAAUUUGAUGAUAAGUUUGGAUGGCCAUGCAUCCUCACCUGUCAAGCAGAAGUGGCAGGACAAUGUCUUGUGGCAGUAUGGCUCCUUUCUCCCAGCCCAAGGUGAUCCUACUCAAGGAAUCCAUCUUCCCCAUGUACCUUCUAUUGAUAACCUGUCUCAUGCUCAGCUCAAGUUACCUGCUGGUGACAUGCACCAGUUUUUACCGCAGCCUAGUAUGACAACACCUUUCUAUACACCAAAUUCGUUUGGAAACCCUUAUUAUCCGAAUUUGCACCCUGGUAAUGCUUUUCCAACCUCAAUUGGAACUGGAGGGUACGCUGUAAGUGGUUCCAUUUUGCCACCUUUUGUGGCUGGCUUUGCUCCCCAAGGUCCUCUUGCUACACCUCUCGACAGUCCUAUGACUCCAAGCUUUAGUGGUAGGCCAUCUGGAUUUUCUCCAGCAGGGAAUCUUACAGGGGGAACAGAGUUUAUGCAGUCAUAUAAAGUAUACGGACAACCUGGGGCUGGUAUGCAGCCAUCCAUUCCCGAUUCGAACUUUAUUCAUUUCUUUCAGCAUCCCUCUUUAUUUCAGUAUACUGGUGGAAAUCAAUACAAUACAAUGGGUCCAAGAUUUACUGUUGUGAAUCCAACUGAAAGCUUUGAUCCACAAAAGAUGAUACAUCAAGCUGCAUAUCCAUCUGAUCAGAGGCUUCCACUUCCAAGAACUGGCUUUCCUAAUUCUCCUACAUCCAGAAGAGGAGGGACUGUUCCAAAUUAUCAAGGCAUAUCAUCCUAUGUUGGAGGGCCGAUGACUUAUCCUACAAGUCCAGUGUUUCAGGGACAAACCUUGCCUGGAGUAUUGCCUCCUGAUAGGAGAAAUGACCCUGUUGGAUUUCAGUCCCCCUCAAGAAACAUCACCGAUAGUCCUGGGAUUCAAAGGCAGCGAGACAGACAGAAGUUUGAUGAAUCAAAAACUUGCUCUUUCUUAGAAGAGUUGAAGUCCAACAGAGCCCGCAGGGUUGAACUAUCUGACAUCACAGGUCGUAUAAUUGAAUACAGUGCUGACCAACAUGGUAGCCGAUUCAUUCAACAGAAGUUGGAAAAUUGCACUGCCGAAGAGAAGGCAUAUGUGUUUGCAGAGGUUCUUCCUCAUGCUUCAUCACUAAUGACUGACGUUUUCGGGAAUUAUGUGAUCCAGAAGUUUUUUGAACAUGGAACUCGUGAGCAAAGGAGGGAUCUUGCUACCAAGCUCGUUGGUCAUGUUUUGCCUCUGAGUCUUCAGAUGUAUGGCUGCCGUGUAAUCCAGAAGGCUCUUGAAGUUAUGGAACUUGACCAGAAAAUAGAUCUAGUUCAUGAGCUUGAUGGACAUGUUAUGAGAUGUGUUCGUGAUCAAAAUGGAAAUCACGUUAUACAAAAGUGCAUUGAGUGUGUCCCUACAGAACAUAUUGGUUUUGUAGUAUCUGCUUUUCAGGGACAAGUUGCUAGCCUUUCAAUGCACCCAUAUGGCUGCCGUGUAAUUCAGAGAGUUUUGGAGCACUGCGGUGGUACCUCACAAAGCCAGUGCAUAGUAGAUGAGAUAUUGCAGUCGGCGUGCGUCCUUGCGCAAGAUCAGUAUGGCAACUAUGUUACACAGCAUGUUCUAGAAAGAGGAAAUGCUCAUGAGAGGAGCCAAAUUAUUAUUAAAUUGGCUGGGCAGGUUGUUACCAUGAGCCAAAAUAAAUUUGCAUCAAAUGUGAUAGAGAAGUGUUUUCAACAUGGUGAUAUGGCGGAGCGGGAUCUCUUGAUCAGGCAGAUUGUGGAGCAGACAGAGGGCAAUGACAAUUUGCUGGCAAUGAUGAAGGACCAGUAUGCGAAUUACGUGGUCCAGAAGAUACUCGAAACAUGCAAUGAGAACCAGCGGGAACUCCUGGUCAGCCGUGUCAAGGGCCACAUGCAAGCAUUGAGGAAGUACACAUACGGCAAGCACAUUGUAAGCCGAGUUGAGCAGCUCUGCGGCGACGGAACCGCCGAGCCGGAUUCUUGAAAUGAACCCGCCUAAUUCUUCCCAGGCCAGGGGUGUGAGGGUGUCUUGUUCUUUUGCUCAGUCCAUCAGUGGAGAAAGCAGAACAGAUCAAGUCCACCUCUGGUGCUUCCAAACAGACUAACAAAACUGUCAUCGAAGAUUGUAUAGGUGUGACUCGCUUCAGGAUAGUCUUGAGGUUCUAGAACAGGAACUUAGUGGUGUGCAUCAGUGUAUCUAUGUUAGGGUGUGCCUAUUUACAGAAUAACAGUGGUUGGCUAGCUGUGUGCAGAAGGGAGUUUAGCGUUAUGGUUUGUAUGUGAUACAUAUUAUGCCUGGUAAUGUAUUUGCUUUCUUGCAUCGCCAGUUGUGGGGUAAAUGCAAUGUUCACGCAUUGUCCUGA